AUGAAGGCACUCGUCUCCAAUCGCUUCAUCGCGACUCGCCUGUUCAACUUUGCUUUCAACAAAUCGAUCUUCGCACCCGGCGGCAGCGUCACUGAGGUUCCAAAGCCCACCAUCGGCGCAAAUGAGAUCCUCGUCAGAGUCAAGGCCGUGGCGUUGAAUCCAACAGACUUCAAGCACCUCGAUGUUAUAUCGCCCCCCGGCUCCGUCAUUGGUUGCGACUACGCCGGCGAGGUUGCAGAGGUUGGCAGCAACGCGACCGCAGUAUGGGCAGUUGGCGACCGUGUGGCUGGUGCCGUGCACGGCGGCCUGUUCCCUGAUCGCGGCGCGUUUGCUGAGUAUCUCAAGAUCGACGCCGACCUUGCCUGGCGCGUCCCAUCGACAGUCAGCGACGCCGAUGCCACGACCUACGGCGUCUCGGCCAUCACUGCAAUGCUGAGCCUCAACCUCCGACAUGGGAUCCCCUGGGCCGACGAGGGCCAGCAGGCGCCGAACGGCAAGGAGAUCUUUAUCUACGGUGGCUCCACGAGUGCUGGCCUCUUCCACAUCCAGCUCGCCAAAAUCGCAGGCUACAAAGUCAUCACGACAGCGUCAUCCCGAUCGGCCGACCUUGUCAAAGGCUACGGCGCCGACGCAGUCUUCGACUACAACAAGCCCAACGUGGCGAAAGAAAUCGUCAAAGCCCAUCCCGCCGUCGAGAAAGCCGUCGACUGCUACGGUGAGGGCCCUUCCACCGAGAUCUGCACCGAGGUCUUGAGGAACGCCGGCGGCAAGGUGGUGAUACUCCUGCCGAAUGGAAAGUCCAAGGUGCCUGGCGUCGCGCUCGAAUUGGUCAUGGCCUACACGCUCAUGGGCAGGCCCUUUCAGUGGUUGCCGCCGGUGGGCCCCAAGUUCGAGGGCAACCCCGACGACCGAGCUGGGUUGGCGCGCUUCUACAAGGCCCUGCCGGAGCUCACGGCCACGCUGAAACCCGUGCCCGUAUCGGUCAGCGAAGGGGGCUUUGCUGACAUCCUGGCCGGACUGGACAAGCUCCGACAGAAGAAGGUGUCUGGUUCCAAGUUGGUGGUCAAGUUCUAG